AUUUUAAACGGUAGCUCAAAGUUAACUAUAUAUCUAACCGCAAGCGUCUCUUUCAGAUCCAUCCGUGGACUCCACACGUCCUAAUCUACGAGUCCCCAUACGCUGUUCCUAGUGGGCUAGUUGGGGUACAGUCAGCGAUGGCUGUUCGGGCAGCACCCACCUUAUUCGUGGCAGGCAGAUUGCGCUUGCGCUGUAGGGCUCGAUUACUGGGGCUAUACGACUCCAGCGACUAUCUGGAUGUGCAAGAAGAUGCGCCUCAGCUAGCUCUUGUCAUGGUACAUGACGUCACAGCAGGAGCACAGACAAUAAGGAUGACAGGUUCGUGGAUGUAUCUACACCUUUCUCACAUCAUGGUUCUGAUCUGCUUACUUGGGGCUCGCAAGAUGCUGUAAUUUUUGGGCUGGAAUCUCCGUGUAAUGGUGAUCCGACUGAUAAUGUGUGAGACUUUCUAAAUGAAAGAUUUGUGUGUAUAACUCCAAGAAGACAGUGUUUAGAGCCAUAUAAGUUGUGUAUAAUAAAUCCGAUUCCAAUAUGAAGUCAUGUAGUUGCUUUGGAUAUCUGAUGCAAAGUAACAAUACCAGUGAACAGGUAUGAAGAACUUAAAGUGAAACACUUUUGAGAACCCAAUCCCUCCAUCGAGUAGCUCAUAUAAUUUCAACAAACGGUGUUUUUUCCCUGUGACAUUGUCGGCGCUUUCCUAUAUUCUACGUGCAUCAGAUGUUCAAAUCGACUACAUCAUAAUCCAAACAUAAAAAUACUUAUUGUUGUACCUUCUGAGUAUAGUGCAAGUCUCAAGUAUUUCGUAACAAGGAGUUUUAUACCAGCUAUAUAAGAUAAGAUCGUGAGAUGGAAAAAUGUUGAAGUUGAAACAUUUUUAACAUUUCCGACCCAAUAGCGUUCAGUGCAUUUGGAGCAUAUGAAAAAAGGAGUGUGACAUUUCUUCUGGGAGGGAAAAAUGUAUAAUGAUGUAAUUAUGAACAAUGUUAGAUACUGUUUAAUGUUGUAGCAUACGCUCGUUUUGCUUAACUAGGAAGCACUGCCAUUUUGUGUUUACUCUCCAUUAGUCUAACUGCAAUAUACAACUUCCUUAUCAUUUAUGAAGCUGCGGUCAUCUGCACACAGCGGAUGGCUCAUCGUACGCACAAGCUUGCGAUUGUACAGGGUGUCCGGCUAUAAAUUGCCCCCCCUUUUUUAUAUGACCUUCCAGAAGAAAAAGUUGUGCAAAUAUAUAUAAGCUAUAGGGUCUAGAAGUAAGAUUCUCAUGGAAUAUAUUUUUCCAUGUCUCAGAAAAGUGGUAUUGAAUAGAGUUGUAUUUGUUAUAUGGAAUACACUGUAAUUUUCUAGAAGCAAUGAUAUUCCACUUUUUUCUGAUUCGAAAUAUAUUAUAGUGUGUCAUAUUUUAUAUGUUUUUAUUUGUUUUGCUAAAAAGUGUGUAUCUGAGUUCGAACCAGUUAGCAUCUAGCCUCCCGUCUAUUCGUCAUUGUCUGUCAUAGCGGUCCAUAGAAUCUUUGCUCUUGGUUAAAGUCUUGUAAGUCAGUAGGUGUGUCAGGUACUGUUGCUCAGAUACCAGAUAAAGUAGGGGAGACAGAAGAGAAAAAGAUAGAAAGGAAGAAAGGAUUGAGAGUAAAGAAGAAACAAGGGGUGCCUUGGCAUUCCUAGCUAGUAUUCGGUAAUUUCAAGUUGAUCAUAAAAUUAAUUCACAGAUUGGUUGUUGAAGGAAAAGUAUAACAUUGGUUGGACCCGAAGUCGCACAAAUAAACUUUGUUAACAAUGCGAGACGCGGC